GUGGGGGGUGGGUGAAGCGUGAGCGCGCCCGCAGGCUCUCGCGAGAGCGCGCGCCGCUCGGGCUCGCGCUCGGUCGCGGGUCUCGCCCUCAGUCGGUCACUCAGUCGCUGGAGCCGGUGGAGAUGGCAGUGCAGUUUGUCGGGUUCCCCUUGCUCACUCUCCUGGUCCUCCUGCUCAGCCUGACCUUCCUCAUCUCCUCAGGGUCAGAACAGCCGCCCAUCCCUAACGAAAAUCUUUUAGUGCUUACAGUAGCAACCAAAGAAACAGAUGGCUUCAAACGCUUCAUGCAGACAGCUAAGCACCUCAACUAUACAGUCAAGGUACUUGGUGCAGAGGAGGAAUGGCGCGGGGGAAACAUACCUCACUCAAUUGGUGGAGGACAGAAAGUGCGACUGUUGAAGGAAGAGAUGCAAAAUCAUGCUGACCGCGAUGACCUUGUGGUGUUAUUCACUGACAGAAUAAAACAUGGCUGGUUAGGAACAUUCAUUGCCCUUGCAAAGGUGCAGGUGAACCAUGGGUUGAACUGCUGAAGCCCCUGAAGGUGUGUAGAUAACCACAAUGAUGUCAGGAAGGACGG